AUGGUAGCGUUGCUGGAGGCGGCGGCGCGCGGCGACGCGGGCCGCGUGGCCACUCUCAUACGCGCCGGCGCAAACGUCGAUGCUGUGGACGAGAAUGGCUGUAGUGCUUUGCAACGCGCGGCGGCGGACGGCCACGUGGACGUCGUGCGGGUGUUGCUGGAACAUGGCGCUGAUCCCAACCGACAGGACCUUGUGCACGGCAACACAGCAGCCCACGAGGCAGCGUGGAAGGGCUACUCGCGCACAGUGGCGCUCCUGGCGCGCGUGUGCGAGCCGCGCCGCAACGCCGCCGGUUUCCUGCCGCUGCACCUCGCCACGCAGAACGGUCACAACCAGUCCGCGCGCGAGAUACUACUUGCAGGGGCUUCCCCGGACUUGCAGAAUAAUUAUGGCGACACAUCCCUCCACACGGCAGCUCGCUAUGGCCAUGCCGGAGUCACGCGCAUUCUCAUCUCAGCUCAGUGUCGAGUCUCCGAACAAAAUAAGAAUGGAGACACCGCGCUGCAUAUCGCCGCUGCUAUGGGGAGACGGAAACUCACUCGAAUACUCUUAGAAGCAGGCUGCGAUAAAUCACUGCGGAACCACCAAGGAGAAACAGCCAGAGAUAUCGCUACUAGGAAAGGCUUGGAAGAAAUUAUCAGUAUACUCAACACGCCAGUAGCAAAACAGGCAACACACAAAAAGAAAGACAGGCACAGAGACAAAAGCAGAGACCGCGCUAUAGAUGAGCCAGAUGAUGCCAAGAAAAGAGAUAAGAGCAAAGAAAAAAAGAAGAGGAGUGUGCAUUUUGAAAAUCCCGCUCAAGUUCAGUGGUCACCUUACGGCUGCCAUUAUUACCCGGACCCGAAGUAUUUCCCCAAGCCCAAGUUAAGCUCGCUACCCACCGAACCACUAAAGAAAGGCGAACAAUACUAUUUGGACUUAGCUGGAAAUAUUAAAAAAGGCCCGAUUGGUGCUGGGUAUACGUGCUAUUGUGCACCAUUCUUCAAACACAUGGAAGAGAAGCUGAAUGAAGAUAAAAAAGAUUUAAAGCGUCAUAUAGAUAGAGCUCAUGAAAGAUUGGAUCAAAAAGUAACUGAUUUGGAAAUGAAAACACAAGGCCGAAUAUCAGAAUUAACUAGAUUUGUGGCAGCAGAAAGAGCUCUGUGUAAAGAAAGGCAUAAACACUUAGAGCAGUGGUUGACAAGAGGUAUUAUGCAUCGUGCCUCGGAACGCGUAAAGAAAUUAGAGUUCAGUCCGAAAGGAUCCUCAGACAUACCACCGAUAAAACGUACAAGAAGUUUAGAAUUUCUGGACGCAAACAAUGAGGAAUGGAACGAUGUAAAUAGAAUUAUCAAGGGCUUGAAUGAUAAUGUAGAACAAUGUGAAAAUAUUGCCAAAGACCUGGAUUACAAAUCUACAUCGAAGAGUUCUGAACGAUUAGACACUAGAACACCUCCGAGCCCGAGAAGAAAACACCUUCUGAAAAGUUCUAAAAGCAGCGAACAGUUAGAUGCUGGACCCAGCAGGUGUUCAAGAUCACCUCACCUAACACCUUACACAAGCAGCCAAGAUUCUUCCCAUAACAUUACAGCUGAAAUCCACGUUAAGUCUAAUAAAGUAUCUGUUUCCCAAUCCCCAGUAUCUGAUAGUUGCAAUGAAAGAUAUGUAUCACCAUGUCGACAAACUACAAUAUCUCCAAGCGGUAGUAAUAGACAUUCUGACUUUAAAACGAGUGACCCAGAAGGCGAAGUCAAUUUAAUCACUCAAUCAGACACUCAAAACGAAGCUAUUUGGAAAAGCCAAGUAUUACAAAGAACUGCUGAUGAUAUUCGAAAACGAGUUAUACAUGAAAAAGAAAUGUCGGAAAAUCUUUCAAGGAAUACUAAGUUGGAUAUUUCACAAGACGGAUAUAUUAAAUUUCUAAAGCAAUCUGAAUAUAGAGAAGAUAUAGAAAGGGCACCGAGAAAAUCCGUGCAAGAACUAGUAGCUCAAGUGGAGCAUCAACAAAGAUGUACCUCACCAGAACUACAAAGGGUACCACUGCCGAGAAAACUAGCUGAAAAAGAGCCACCAGUAAUAGUGCCACAACCUAACACAGUAUUAAAAAUGCCACAACAACCGAUGAGACCAGCACCCAUCUUAAAAGAGAAACCACCGAAAACUAAACGGUUUAGCCUUCAUAACCUCAUACCGUUCCCGACGAGAAAAACUUUUCAAACCCCACCAAAAGAGAACGGAAAUAACUCAGAGAGUAGCGACGAAGAAGAUAAUCCGAUACGAAGUACAAACCAGCCGGGUCCUAUGAGAAACACCAAUUUACUCCAGACAUUGCCCCUCCCUAACUACGAGACGAUGUCAACUAAAUCGCAAUCUCCAGCUCCCCAAGUGCAAAAUACAAACUACCCUCACGACGUACGAAUGAUACCAAAGGAUGCGUAUUUCCACGACAUACCAAAUAGGCAAGUCCACCAAAUGCCAUACCGAGACGUAGAAAACGGUCUCCCAUACAGUCAAUACCCUUGCAAAAGCCAAUACGACUGUAAAGAGGCUGGUGCACAAAACCAAGUCCAGGGUCGCAAUAGAAACCCGAUAUUCCACCAUCAAACGGGCGUCUUCAACGCGAUGAUGCAAGACCAUAUAAUGCGGGAAAUAGAACGUAUACCGCAUUGCUAUAGCGACCAUUUGGACCAGAACACAGAGGUGGAAAUUGCGAACCAAAACGAACACUUUCGCGGUGGGUACUACGAUAACCGUCCGCCAAUGUACCCGGCAUUCAGGGGAAACCCCGUGAGAAAACCUGCUCCUGAUCACAAUUUACUGCACAGUCGUCUCCAAUCCCUUGCAAUAAAUACACAUUUGACGGAAACCCAGAGUCAAACUGAUAGAGAGUCCCAUAAUGACUCGGGGUAUAGCACAAAAGUGUACGGCAGUUCACAAGGACCUUCACCAAGUCUCUCCGGCCACGUUGAUGACAAUCUGUCAGGACAGAGGAUAAGUGUGCUGCCUAAUAAAGAUGUCGGUGGUCAGAUGGGUGCUUCGAGUUUAGUC